CCCAUAGAGCAGCCUCUGUUGUGUGAAACACAAGAAAGGGCAAGACGGGGGGAGUAGAUCCUUGGAGACAAUCUGAGGACGGAAAAGGAAUCUCCUGGAGGCUGCUGGGAUAGGGUUCCUUCGGUGUUUGGCGUCCAUCUUCGGAGAAAGUGGCUGUUUUGUCAAUGUAAACAGCCUGUGCAGUACCUGCAUUGCUAAAGGGGGAAGCAGAAAGGAGGAGGAGGAGGGACAGACACUGGAGGAAAUGUUGCCUCUUCCAAUGAAAUGUUCCCUUCUCUAGCUAGCCCCAGCCCGUCGCAGCUCACCUCUGAACUCUUGCAUGUUACAUGUUAAGUUUUAGGUUUUGUUCUAAAGAGCAAAUGGCCAAAGCAUCAUCAAUGGUUCAGCAGACCCCAGACCAGAGGGAUGACAUCUGUGCCGGCCAUGAGACACACUAGAGAAUGAGCGACAUAACAACAUCCACAAAGAGAUUAAAAAAUAAUCAUUCAGUUGAAACAGUUACACCUGACCAUGGCUACCACUGCAGCUAAGACAACUACAAGUUUUGUCUCCACAACUGCCACAACCGCCACAAUCCCCUUCCUGUCAAUGGGCACGAGCACCAGAGACAAUAUCACCUCCAGAACAACAUUAAUGACUGUUACUAUAACAACAAACGAAACCAGUUUCAACGCCACCACGUUUCCAGAAGGGAUGAUGGAGGGCUCGGGAAUGGGAAUGGUGCUCGUACCAUUUGGCAUCAUCACCGUCAUCGGCUUAGCAGUGGCAAUAAUGCUGUAUAUACGGAAACGGAAGCGGUUGGAGAAGCUGAGGCACCAGCUAAUGCCCAUGUACAACUUUGACCCAGCUGAAGAACAAGAUGACCUGCUGGAACAGGAACUACUGGACCACGGUCGGGAAGGCAGCCUCUCAGGUCCCAAUGCCAAGACUCUCACGACCUCCCAAGGGACCACGCAGAGGCCCAGUCGUCUGGUCUUCACAGAUGUAGCCAAAGCUCUCAACGCUUAACAGUUCUCUUCCAUUAGUUUAUUUCAGUUUGCGGGGGCCAAUGGCCUCAUUGAGAUACAGACUGUUGCUCAGGAAGGGAAAAAAAAGGGAAAACUGGGCUGUUUUUGUGAACAACUGGAGCUUUCGCGAACGUUUUUAUCACUACCAUUUUGUACGUGAAAUGGCAGUGGUUUUCAAAUUAUGAAGAAAAAAACAACGUAGGGUGCAUGUAUGAUAACGGAAAGUAUCCCAUAUGAUCUUGCACUGUUGUCAUUUGUCACACAAAUGCAGGGUGAUGCACUUUUCUUAAAAUCAUGUUAUGUCAUCAUUGUUAAAAUGUUUGGUAGCUUGUCAGUGAAGUCCUUCUGAGCUUUGUUAUCUACUUCCAUGUUUGAUAUGAGAGGAGUGUAAAUUUAUGUUAUACUGAUUUUGCGGUCUUACGUCUCUGACAAGGUUGAACACUCGAUGUGUUACCAUCCUUGAGUGAACUG